GUUUUAAUGUGUAUGAUGUGUUUUUGUGGGGUGUCCUUUUAGCGAUGUUUCGGGGAUAUCAGUUUCAGGGAGAAGAUAUAUAAAUGUAGAUGCGAUUCUAUCAGACAGAAGGAUCUAACAUCGUUGUCGUAGUAGAAUUUUGUUGGAAUAAGGGCUCCAUUAUUAGGCGGGUGUUUUUUAGGCAAUGUUGAUGGGUGAGGCUGAGGGUUAGAGAAUUGCAUAAAUCAAAUCGCACUACUUCCGAUGACAACCCGAAUUUGAAUGAAUAUUCAUGCGAACGAGAAGGGAUGUUUUCAUGUUUUCUAUAUCUAUUUGCGCUACGGAUACGACCCAGCACCAGCGCACCAGCAAUACGCCGAGUGCCGCUGCCUUUAGAAAUCUCCAUUACACAUAUUUGUAGAGAUAGCGGGUUAUCGACGAGAACACACGUUACGGUAGCUUUUCAUUCCGUUCCGUGCGGUUGCGGGUUAUUUCACCUACAGCGAUACUUUUGCAUAUAUUUCGACUAAACAUCAAAGGAGAACUCUCAUAAAUUUAUUUAAUUACCCUCGCACUCAAUUAUAUUCUGUUUUAGAUUGCAAUUAGCUGUAGCUACAAUUUAUAGGUAGCAUUUCAUAGAACAUAGAACGAGUACAAUUAGCGCAAGUUAUGGCAGAAGAACUUCGGUGAAAUCCACUGCACUGCUGCAUUUAGAUACUGCACUGCGUCCAAAGUUUCAGCUCAUCGGCUUAUGGGGGUGAAAUGAGACUCAAGUGGACAAGUGGCAAUAAUUCUACGACAUCAGUUACGAUGUACGAGAACUCUUGUUCCUACCAGACGGCACUGGAUUUGAAACGUAUCUCGCCAAGCUUAGCACAAGUGAAGACUGAAGAUUGUUUUGGAUUGGGUCAAUGUUCCCCGGAUUGGACGUCCUAUCGAUUCCAUCAGUCCACAUUCGAGCAAUUGAAACAGAGUGUAGAAAAGGCGAAGGCCGCCUUGCAAGACCGAACGAGCUUCUUUGGAGCGUCUAGUGCUUUCAGUGACAUCUAUUCAACUCAACGACUGACAGAUUCAAUAGAAUCAUCUGCCGCUGCAUCAAAUGUUAAUAAUAGUAGUAGUACAAGUUGUAUAGGAUCUUCCGUCAAUAAUGCAGUUAGUUCAACAAGUUUAGCUUUAAAUGGUGGCGGCGGCAAUUGUACGACAACAUCAUCAGCAGCGAUAGUUCAACGAUAUCGUCUGGAUCCAGUCACACAACCAGCUGGAUGUUCGCCAUCAACAAAUUCAAUAGCUUCCGGUCCAGUGCCGCCGUCGUCUUCGGCGUUGGCAGCAGUUUCUGCAUUAGAAGGACCAACCGAAACAAAGUCAAGAACAGAAAAGUCCUCGUCGGGAUGUUCGACUACUCAUGGUUCUUCAGAUAGAAGUUCGAGUAAAUGUAUAUCAGAUUCAUCAUACAAAUCAUCGUGGGGAUCACAUAGUACAUCUCAAUCACAAGGAUAUAGCUCAAAUGGACUGAGCUGUGUUGGUGUUAACAAAUCAACGCUGGACCCACAUACGCAUUUAAGACAGCCCGAUCCAUAUCAAAUGUUCGGUCCGACCAGCAGCAGACUUGCAAGUUCUGGAUCUGGACAAAUUCAACUAUGGCAAUUCCUCCUUGAACUAUUAAGUGAUUCAAGUAAUGCGGGCUGCAUCACAUGGGAGGGUACCAAUGGUGAAUUUAAAUUAACAGAUCCCGACGAAGUGGCAAGACGAUGGGGUGAAAGGAAAUCAAAGCCCAACAUGAAUUACGAUAAGCUGAGUAGAGCUCUAAGGUAUUAUUAUGAUAAGAAUAUCAUGACCAAAGUCCAUGGAAAGCGUUAUGCAUAUAAAUUCGAUUUCCAAGGAUUGGCAGCAGCGACACAACCAGCUGCAAGUGAUCCAACGUACAAAUACCAAAGUGAUUUGUUUAUGACUCCAUAUCACCACAGUGCAAAGCUGAGUUCAUUUAUGAGCCCGCAUCACGGUAUGACAUCGUCCUCAGCUUCAAUAUUUCCAUCGGCAGCAUCAUGGGGCAACUGGGGCAAUCCAGCAACGAAUCUAUAUCAGCCCCAUUCAAUGAGUCAUGUCGGCCCAUCACAUGUGGCACCCCAUUUGAGCUCCUAUCCGCACUAUGCAUGACCAUCAUCGUCGGGGGGUGGAUUUUAAAGUCAUCAUUUUCACCAUCAAAAACACCACCACCAACACCAACACCAUCACCAUCACCAUUUAAACACAUACACUGAUGAUGGCACCACAAUACCACUUACUUGAAAUGACAUAGAGCAUCAUCCAACCACUUCAUCCAACUCAAACCCCCCCAAAAAACAUUGAGUGUAUUCGAAAGGGAUGCGCUAUACAGUAUUCAAUGCUUCUACAAACUACAUAGAACAUAAUCACAGUCGAUGUUGUUGUUGUUGUUACUGUUACCUCCCCCAAUUCGCUUUCCAUCAAAGUCACAGUCACCGUCACCGUAUCGCUCGAAGGAUUCACACAAUCACCAAUCUCAAUCCCCCAUCAUAUACCUUAACCACCCCAAUCACCCAACUUCCAUCACGCCGCCGGGCCGCAAACAUAACAGCUUCGACGCGCCAUUCUGUGCUCUACUUUAAUUAUUAUUUUUCACAAAAAUGGACGAGCGAAAAAAGAAUCUUUUCAAAAAUGAUUUUAUAACAAAAAAGCGGAAAAAAUAUUUCCCUCCAUUCUCUGUUCCACAGUCGCCCCAACACCACCCCUUCCCCAUCCUCAAAACCCACCAUUGCUGCCGCCGCCUUUGCCGCCGGUUGUGUCACAUCAAUGGCGUCCAAAACCUGUAAAAUGAGAAAAGCGAACCCCUACGAAUUGAUUUUUGUACAUAGAUACCACCACUCCUAUACAUACAUAUACAGAUACAGACACUUUAACUGUAAAAGGGACAUAGAAGUACCGUAGAUAAUAUUACCUGUAUUUUAAUUGUGAAUAUAAAACAGAAAAUUUUAUAUAUAAAAUCUCUUUCUAUAUAAAUAUAUUAUUAUUAUGUAUACAAUAUAAUGUAGCUAUAUUAAUAUUUAAAUUUAUAUUAUAUAUAUUUAAAUAAAUGUUUAAUGAAUGUGUAUGUAAAACAAUUUAAUCGUGUCGUAUAUUAAAACAAACAAAAAACAAAACCAAAAUAAAUUAAUGUGAACAAAUAUAAUUCUCAGUGUAUUUUAGCAAUAUUUUAGUAGAUGAUGCAUAUAAAUUAGAUAUUUAAGAUAUUUAAAUUAAAAAAAAAAAAAACAAAGUUUGAUCUAAUCUACGACGACGUCUUAUAUUAAUUCUUCGUAAAUCAUUCUUUAAUAAAAAAACCAAAUCAAAAACAAAAUGAAAAUGAAAAACCAAUAAAUGUUCGUAAAUUGCACAAAACACAUCAGCCAUUCUCAAAUACCAAGUUAUUUGUUACAACUUAUAAUAAGGUUUACAAAAUAAAAAAAAACUGGUGAAUAUUUCAAAAAUAAGAACAAGGUAUAAAUAUACGAUUAAAUGUACAUAAAUAUUUAGAUAUUUCAAUCCAAACUAUUUCCUUUCUCUAUAGAAUAAAAUGCAGUAAGUGACAAAAGAAUCAUAAUUUUCAACACAAAAUCCAAAAUAGAUCUUGUUGUUGGAAAUUGUUCUAAAAAACUUUAAAUCCUUAUUCAGUUUUGUUAGUUAAAUUAUUUAAAUUUUCAAAAACAUUCAAUUUUUAUAUGAUUUCGAAUAUCUGCCUUUUGGAAAUAGAAUCAAUCAAUUUUUUCUUAGAUUUGAAAAUAUGUCAAUGUUCAUGGGUAUAAUGGUUUUGAUAUUACAUUGAAUUGAUUUAAUUUGGUUUCUAUAACGAUAUGUUUUCACAUGCAGGCUUUGAUUUUGAAUUUUUUAAAAUAAUGUUGUUAUAUUGACUCUUUUUUCAAGUUCACUAUCGACGAUUGUUAGUAUGACAACUAUUUUUUCCUUGCAGUUUUUGAGUCCUUGGAGUUUUAGAUCUCCGUUCAAUGAUACUUAGUUCUAACUUAUUUUUUGCUAUUUUUGUAGCACCCUACAGAUAGUUCAGUCGCAAAAUUUCUGAAAUUUUACGAACUAAAUUAAAAGAAAUAAAUCAGCUUUGGUUGAAGCGGACAUUUAUUUUUUUAUUUAGUUUUGAUAUUCUUACUUUUUUUCGAAAUAUAAAUUGAGCUAUCGUAUUUUAUUGAAUUUCGCAUUUAAAAUUAUAGUUUUUUUAUAAGUAUUCACAUGUUCAUAGAUACAUAUUCGUGUUGAACUAAACAUCUUACACGAAUAAAGACCUAAAGAUGUUGGUUUUGAGUCCUACAAUCCUCAAAAAUGAUGCGUGCAAUUUUUAAAUGAUAGAAAAUAUUAUAUUGAGAGUUUCAACAAAUCGUGUGUUCAGUAAAUUCAUCCAAAAAAUUAUUGUCAAGAUGAAAAAUGUAACAAUAUUUAUAAAACUUUAGUAUUUUUAAAUAUUCCUUCAGGUGCACAUAAUGUCAAAACUGUUUUGUCUUGUUUCCUAUAAACAGAGACUUUUAACUGCUCAUGUUGUGCAGUAUUUUUGAAAUGCAUCUCCUUUUUUUAGACUUUUUGGCAAACAGUCCAUGGUUAUGUAUUUUCUAAUAAAAUUUUAUUAAUGCACAUAAAAUUUCUUGUAAUCUGAAGUUUAGCCCAAAAUAGGAAUGAAUAUAAAAAUUAUGUCUUUGGAAGAACUAAAAGCAUUGCUAAACCGAGUUCUAUUAUCCUAGACCCCAAAUUUGAGGGUUUAAUAAAUCGAAGUUCUAUUUCAAACUCAAACCUAAAUCAGAGUUCUAACGAUUGAAAACUUCAUGAAGAAACAAUUUAGACCUCAAUGCAGUUCUAGUUUAUUAAUUAUCCAAGUUUUAGAGACUAGAACUUUGUCAAGAAAUUAGCCGUGAAAGAACUGUAUUUCCUUAGAGAAAUCAUUGGAUGUUUAUUUCGUUGUAAAACAAAGGAAACAUUAUAAGCGAAUUGGUUAAACGGUAGCAUCAUAUCCUUUUCAUGACUAAUCCACAAAUGUACUGUUUGUUUAAGAUAACUUCAGGCAUUCCAACAGAUAUUGCAAAAGAGUCUAAAAGUGGAAAACUAUGAUAUCUUGGUGGCUAAUUGUGAUCUAAAUUUAAAUAAGGUGGCGCAACAGUCCAUGAAGAACCAGGGCAGGCUAAUUGUGAUCACUUCUUUGAUAAUUAACACGUUCAGAAAGUUUUCUUUGCACAUUUUGGUUUUUUCGAUGCAUGUGGCACCCGCCAUCUUGUUAAAAAUAAAGUUCAUCCACAUUAAAAUUUUAACAUUCUAUACAUACUUAAUAAAUAAACAUAAAACAAAUCAAAACGAACAUUAACACAUUUAGAAUGAACAGACUUUUCAACUAUUAUUCUUUGAUUUGCCGAAAUUUGCCUAAAAUGUUGUUUAUUAAAGUUUCUUGUAAAGUGGUCAUCACUGAAAAUGAUAUUUCUAUGAAAUACUAAUAAUUUGUAUGCAUUUCAAAUCAUCAGAAACACGACGUUACAAGUGGUCGAUUGGCUUAGGUUUUAAAUUAAAUUUAACAAUCAUGAAGACUAAGUCGUUAUGCAAAAUACGGUGUAAUGUCGUUUGUAGAUUGCCUAUUUCCAGAUAUCGACGCGGAAUCGACAAACCUGGAAUUUCAUCAAGCCAAUAUGUUACAUCAGCAAUAUUUUCAAUUCUUCAUGAGCGAUAUAAAAAUCAAUAUCUUACUGCAAGUGUUAAACUUUCCACCAGUUGUAAUAUAGCAGUCCUAGCGUAAGUGCUUCACAACUACCCAAUAGCACUUUUGCUUUGAGUUGAGAAAUGAUUUGCUUUUCGAACCACUUUCACAAGUGUGCUUAAAGUUAUCUUUUUCUUUUUAACAGCUUAAAAACUUUAUUUUUAUGUUAAACUUGGAGGCAUUUAAUAUUUAAAUUAAAAACUGUAUAUUUCAGAAACCUGUACAAUGUAUGAAAGCAAUAUGUCCCUAAUUCGAAGUAUUUUGUUAAAAUAACUCAGAGAUGAAAUUCUUGAGAAAUGCGUUUUUCUGUUUCAAUAUUAAAAGCAUACUUGUUAAUCAAUUUUUUCACAAACAAUGCUAGUUGUAUUCCUCCCCUCAACCAAUUUAACAGUAAUAUCAAUACUUCAAGCAAUUGCUCAUCAGUUAAGCCUCGAUCCCAAUUUCGGAAGUAAUGUUAAAAGUAGGGAUUCUUUCUUUAGGCGCACUACACGAAUGUGGAAUGCUUUAAAAGUCUCACUAUUUUCGAAUCAUAAGAUGUGCAGAUGUUGAAAACUAAUACACAUCGGUAUUCACAUUCUUAUCCUGUCUUUCCUUCGUUAUUGCUCACACUGUCUUUAUUCGUAACAAUAUAUUUAAAAAAAACUCACUUUCCCAAGGUUUUCCGUUUUUAAGGUGAUAUACACCGCUAAUGUUUAUGUUGUUUUAAGAGUAAAACUGUGUUAAAACAUCAAAAAUGGUCAAUAAUCAUACAAAAAAUAAUAAUACAAAUAUUAAUUAAAUAGAAAUAAAACUACCACCAAAAGUAGGAAGCCUUACAAAUUUAUUGUCUAAUGUUUACAAGCCUAAAUUAUAUCAUUAUCAUUAUUAACAUAUUUAUAAUUCCUCAUAAUCGUGGUUGAAACCAAAUAUUAAAAUUAUCAAUUCACAUAAUAAAAAAACUAAAAAUAAAAACUAGACCCGUCAUUAAGUUCCUCCUUCUUAAAAAAAAAAACAAAAACAAGAAAUAGCCAUAAGCGGUGAUUUGAAUAAGAACAAUUAAAAAAAUUGAUGGAUCAUAAAAGUGUUAAAAAAUUAUGAAUGGCUAAUAUGAAUUAAUAAUUUCCAAUAAUUUUGAAUCACUCAAUUUUGAUUUAUUUUCGAUGAAAACAAAAUAUACCAAAUGCUAGACGACGUGGAAGCGUUCACGAGAAUAAGAAAACACACACACUCGUAUUUAUGUUAACCUUGUUUAGGACUUUUAAACACGAAUCAAAAAUAUAAUUUAUGUUAACUUAUUCUUGGUUUUUAAAAUUUGUGUUUUUAUAUUUAU